AUGACUGUAGCAGCGUCGCUGUUGCUUCUACCGGCGAUUCAUGCAACCACGAGUUCGGGCCGGAAGACAUUCAUUGCAACUCAGGAGCAUCAACUUACUUCGUCUCAGAACGUGAAACCUACGUGGAAUCGACCAAAUCGCACACAUGCGACUCCGACUCGCAAGUCACCGGCAAUCAUGACGACCGGACCCCAACGUACUUACAGUACCGCGAUAUCUUCUCACGACCCAAAUUGGGCUUCUGCCGUGUCGUGUAACAGCGAGUUCAUAUCCUGGAGCGACGCCGGUGGCGCUGGGACAUACACCGAACUCUUCUCUACCAAAACCUAUAUAUCAACUCACGUUGUGACGCAGACACUCACCCCGACAUACACUCUGUGCGAUGGGUAUCCCCGCCUCAACGGGUCUUUUUCCACGGUGACGAGCACCGGCACACAGUUGACGACAUCGUAUGCAGUCUCGAUCACAGACCAGCUCGUCAACACUCUACCGAGCCCAACGUGCCGUAUCGGCUCCUCCGAUUGCACUUCAUUAUGGUCUUCGUUCUCAUCUUUCACUGAAAUGGCCAACGCCAACAUUCCUUAUGAUCAACACACAGGAUAUGAAUACAGUCGGCCAGGAUGCCCAGAGCCCACGACGACAUAUUCGACCGCCUGCGGAGCGCGAAUCGGCACCUAUCCCUGCAGUCUCACCGCGGGUCCGGUCCGCCUCGUAUACUUUCCGGUUGAAGUACAAGGCGAUAGGCUUUGUGGCAACUAUACAACAAUCACGUCGAAGCAUACAGGUACCGCUCCAGUGGUAGCCACUGCACUGGGGACAACCUUCACUUCUGGCACGGCGUACAUAUCGUUUGAAAAUCUUGUGGCAAUGGACACUUGCGGACAGCCUGUCGGAACACCGAUGUCUAAUUUCUUUCUUCCCUUGCAGUCGCAGGAAGUCAGCAGCAUGGCGGGGGGUGGCCCAUAUGGGCCCACGCCUAGAUCAUUCAACUACGCCGAUCUCAUCGAACCCGUCGCUGCUUCAGUCUACCUGAAUCAGGCCAAAUGCCAGUUCGGCUGGGAGCCCCUGGCAAGCAUUCUGUGCCCCGUUAUCACAGACCAAUACCGACCCAUCCUUGCAUACCCUACGAAGGUCCUUUCGCUCCAACCAGAAUGGUCAACAUGCGGCUUUGUGCAAGGUUAUCUUGGACAAAAGGCACAGCAAGUCUAUUAUCUGUUCGACCCGCCGAUCGCGCUCACAGAGACCUCGGUCGCAGCGAGCGCGACUCUUCCUCCACAGAUCGCGGAACCUGGUCCUGGACUGAGCACGGGUCCUGCAGCAACUGGCGUUCCUGAGACCAUACCUUCGACGCCGCGGACGACUGCUCAGCCGUUCAAGGCUGAACCUACGAUUAUACGUACAGAUCCUACGUCCCCAAUUCCUUUUACAUACGCACCUCACGAGGCUCCGUCAUACGAAGUUAAAUCAACAACUAGUCGGGAGGAACUGCAAUCACCAAUGACUUUUACUUGGCGCCAAUCCAACUCUACUCCUGUUGCUGUGCCCCAAAACAACCGACCGGGAGCCGUGCCCGGGAGCGGGUUGGCCUCUCCAGGAACGAUAUUGGCGACGGUCGGAGGCGCGAAGCUGACCUUGACUAUCACCGGUACCGCCGGCAUCGUCGCUGGAACAACAGUCUUGAAGCCUGGUGACCAGGCUACGAUUUCUGGCGUUGCCAUCUCUGUCGGAAGCUCAAACGUAGUCGUCGGAAGCGCUCACCUUUCGACAAUCGACGGGCAGACUAACUCCCUUGGCAGUGCUGGCCUCACUGUUCAAAAUGCAGCGACGACGUCGACGGUACAGCUCAUGUUGCCGACAAAUGGUGCACUUUCGUCUACGGUUGGUAUUGUCGGCCCGGCUUCUUCGUCGUCUGACGUCCCGUUGAAGAAAAUAAACAGCGGCUUGAGGAACACUGCAGGACUUGGACUCGUGUGUCGAGUUACGCUUUUCUUCUUGGCCCUUGGAUUUGUCUGA